AUGGGCAACCACUGUGCAUACUCGCGAGAGUGUCCGCGGUGGAAGCUGGAAAAAAGAGUUCAACAGGUGAAGGUACAAAAUAAACUGUCUUUCACGUAUGCCAGGAGGUUGGUGGAGACAGCAACACCUACAGAAGCGCUAGAUCUGUCCAUCAUGAGACGAGAGCUGAACACGCUAGACUGUCACGAUGGCAGUCGUUUGCCCAAGAGAGCUGAACGUAACGUCCUCAAAGUCGUCACCCUAGCUGCCGUCGGCGACUGCAGGCGACGCUUGUCGGAUAGUAGCGUCAUUAAGCGUGUUGGCAAAUCUGUACUUAACAAAAGUCCAAGGAUCGAAAACGUUCGGACCUCUUUGCUGCUGACGCCGCCGCAGCAAAUGCCGGCGAAAGCCAGCGUUAGUGACAUCAGCUGCAGCAGCAUCAGUAGUAGUCCCUUAACGAACGUCGUCGACAGGGACACCGCUGUAAGAGAGACGAACGGAGUUCACUUGUCUUUCCAUGACACGCUGCUCUGGUCUUCCUUCAACAAUCUGGGCACUGAGAUGAUCAUAAAUCGAGUAGGACGACGAAUGUUUCCCCACGUGACUGUCUCAGUGCGAGGUCUGGACAAGGGCUUGCUGUAUGACGUAUUUCUGGACGUGUUCUCCGCAGGCGACAGGCGAUUUAAGUUCAUCAGCAACAACUGGAUCCCCAUCAGCCGGGCGGAAGUGGAGCCUGUCAGUCUGGCCUAUCAGCACCCGGACUCCCCCAGCACGGGCAGGUUCUGGGAGAAGAACAAAAUAUCGUUCGCCAAGAUGAAGCUCACGAAUAACAAAGACUCUGCGGACGCGAAUAUUUUGCUGAACUCGAUGCACCAGUACAUGACUGGUGUCACCAUCGUCCGUCACACCGAGGACUCGGAGGCGCGGCAAGCGACCAGGGUCUGGUUCCCUCUCACUGAAACCAAGUUUGUCGCAGUGACCGCCUAUCAAAAUGAAAUGAUCACCAAACUGAAGAUCCUCAAUAACCCGUUCGCUAAAGCCUUCAGAGUGUUCGACCUAAACGAUGCCAAAGAUAAGAAACAAAAUGUCAAACGACGUCACACUAUAGCAUAUAUCGGCGAGAAGGACGAGCCAUUGACGAAGAAACAAAUGAGGAACUACUCUCUGGGAAGCCACGAGCAGAGGAAUACUGUUGUCUCCAGCAUAUUCGAGUUCUCUCCCUUCGACCACAGUAGCGACCAUGACGCGGAAACGUCGCAAAGCCAAGCGAACACUCGAGCACACGAGCCAAUAAAAUGUGACCCACCGGAGGAGAAAAUUCGACCCAUUUUCUUAAACCCACAUCAGCCAUACUUGGCCAACUAG